AGUUCCUUGGCAAACAAAUAUGAAUGCUCGAAAUCAGCUAUCAUUUGCACUCCUUGGACUCCUGUCGGUGUCGCACGUUUGCUCCUAUUUGAUAACAAGCCCAAAUACACUAUUGGUUGAGUUUGGUACAUAUAACUCGUCCAACAGAAUCUGUUUUGAUAAGAUAAUAUUGAAGGCGGCUCAAAGUCCUGUAUUAUUCAAUUUUAACAAUCCCACCGACACACCCAUCACCUACAUCAAAGUGGAGCAGAUUCAGCAGCGUCGAGGUGGCAUCUCUGCGGACAUUGUCGGUGGUCUUUUGGGAAGCCCUUCGGUCACACUACAAGUGUCUGCCUUCCAGGGAAAGCUUUAUUUUUACAAUGACGUGCGAGUAGAAAUGAUGUGUACUCCACAAAUUACCACAACAACAGUCCCGCCGGGUACGACGAGUACAGUAGCCAGCACUUCCACGGUGGCCAACACUACGCCUACACCGGCGGCCACCUCAACCACAGCAGCCAUCACAACGACAACCACAACACCGGCCACCACCACAACAACAACGCAGGCUACUACCACAACAACGACACAGGCUACGACCACAACCACAAAUGGAACACCAGUAGUAGCUGAAGGAAAGUAGCUGUGGAGAUCUCUUCUUACCAGAACUCCGAUCUUUAUUGAUAAAUUCACAUAGAAUCACAUAUGAGGGUGCUAUUUAUUUAAUUUAUAUUUAUUUGUAGCGUUAAUAAAUUAUUAUUAUAUUUAUUUAGUCAAGAGGUAAAAUAUUCACCCCAAUGACAAAAAAUAUACUUGUAUAGUGCAUUAAUUAAGAACACUACGAUAGCUACACUUAUUUUUGUAACGCGAAACAUUGAAAUCAAACACAUCGUAGCAUCUGUUGAAGAUUCGGCACAACCUUCGCAUGGACUCGUUAAGUCCGUAGUUGGUUCGUGAGGAACGAAUAUACAGGAAAAUCUGUGAGCGUAAAUGACGACGGCGGGUGUUUAUGUGAAGGCAACUUAACAGCGAAGUGCAGUCGAUGUUUCCCUAAAUCAGAUCACCGAUGAAGCUUGCCAUCGCAAUGCUGCCUCUCGCCUCCAGUAGCUCCAGAUGUAUAAGCGUACAACGGCUUUCAUAGCUGGGUAAAUUGUUGGUGUCAUUUCACGGAAGAUGCCUCAGAGCGAAACGAAUAAAGGGUGUGUCACAUCAAAUUGCAUCACGGAAAAAAACGCUGUAGAAAUUCGCCCAGUAGACCGAUCCUUUUGAAAAUUUUAGACAGUAAAAU